GAUGUGGAGGACGUACUGCACGAGUGGUGCACAAAAGUAAAUGUGGAGAGGUCUGAACGAAUGAAGCGGCUGCGGGAGCAGCAAGACAUCCCCCAUAGUCUGGGGUCCAAAAGUUAUGCCAGAUUUAAUCACGAUGAGGCAUCUAUAUCUGGCACGCCCCCCACUCGCGCCGAGUCGUUUGUGAAGACGCACACAAGGAAAGACGGCACUUUCCUGAACGAGCGGACACGGGACCUAUGCGAGCGGAUGACACAGAGUUUGUCCACUGAUCCUGCUGCCUCGGACCCCGUCUCAUCAGAUACGGUGCGUUGGGCACCUGGCGACGCGUACGAGCAAGCGGUUGGGCGACCCGAGUAUGCGGGUAGGGUUCGGCAGGUUGGGCCAAACGUUACUCCUGUUCGCGGGACUUGUUUCUCGUAUAGGGGUCGCACACGGGGGGGACCGGCCGAGGGCACUUCUCAGGAUUGGGCUGCUCACAAAAUUGCGGAGUUGGAGGGCAUAGUGCGGGCCGAGAGAGAGCGGGCUGACAGCAUGGAGCAGCGCAUACGACAGAUUGAUGAUAUGGAGCAGCGCAUGCGACAUUUUGAGGCCUUCAUGUCCUCUACAGGAUUAUCGUUCGUAUGCCCUGGUGCUCAGCAGUCUUCACCUGCACACGUCGGUAGUACGUCAUCUGUUAGUAGUGCGCCUGCAGGUAAUGCGACAACGGUUGGUCCGUUGUCGCCUUCUGGACAAUUGCUGACCCAACAAUCCCCUCUCGGGACUCCUUCGCCCGUUACACCAUCUCUUGCGGGACAAUCGACAGUUGGCGAGCUCACGCCUGGGACUGCACCUCGCCGAAAAUUGACCAAAGGAUCUGUUAGUCAAAAUAAGUACAGAAAAAGAAAUACUGUUGAAGGUUUCCUACAUUCGGAAUAG